CGAGCUAACGGAGACGAUAUAAGCUCGCCCCCCUUUUCCUUGGCGAUCCCUCUCGGAUCGAUCCUCCGAUCUCUCAGCCCUUUCUUCCGAGAGCGAAUCCCUUCAUCCAUCUUAUCCAUCGAUGGCUGCCGUCAACAGCAUCGGCUCCCAGAUGCUGUUCCCACCCCGUUCCUCGUCGUCGAGGCCCAACAACCACAGCCAGAACUACAGAUCUGGGUGGCAGCUCUUCCACUCUCUGCCCUUGUACACCGUAUCUUCCACCGGAAAAUUGAAAAGGGAUCGAGCCUCCUCCGUGAUCGUGUCGGUGGCGACCGAGGACCUGGACGUCAUCCCUGUGCAGAGUAGCGACUCCACGGACCAGCAGGACGGACUGAUCCCCAUGGUGGGCAGAGAGCAGCAAGAGGAGGAGAAUUCUCUUCAAGGGCCUAGUAGUCCUGUUGGGGGAUUUGCCCUGGAGAGCGGUGGUGGGGUCAUGGGUGGCGGCAGCAGUGGUGGCGUAGGGUUCUCGUCCUCUUCGGCUACUGUUAUAGGAGAGGAAGACAUGAAUAAGCUGGUCGAUCGGGCGAUCAACGCCGCAAUCGUGCUUGCAGCGGGGACCUUCGCCAUCACCAAGCUGCUCACUAUCGAUAGCGAGUAUUGGCAUGGUUGGACGCUAUAUGAGAUUCUUAGGUAUGCACCUCAGCAUAACUGGACUGCUUAUGAGGAAGCUUUGAAAACAAAUCCUGUUCUGGCCAAGAUGAUGAUAAGUGGUAUUGUUUAUUCUCUGGGGGAUUGGAUUGCCCAGUGCUAUGAAGGAAAGCCAUUAUUUGAUUUUGACCGUGCCCGUAUGUUCAGAUCUGGACUUGUAGGAUUUUCUCUGCAUGGGUCACUUUCUCACUAUUAUUACCACUUCUGUGAGGCUCUUUUCCCUUUCCAGGACUGGUGGACUGUACCUGCUAAGGUUGUGUUUGAUCAAACUGCAUGGUCCGCUAUAUGGAAUAGCAUCUAUUACGUAGUAUUGGGCAUCUUGCGUCUCGAAUCACCAGCAAAUAUAUUCACUGAAUUGAGGGCUACGUUUUGGCCAAUGCUAACCGCAGGGUGGAAGCUAUGGCCUUUUGCCCACUUGAUUACCUAUGGUGUUAUCCCAGUUGAACAGAGACUUCUAUGGGUCGAUUGCGUGGAGUUGAUAUGGGUGACAAUACUUUCAACUUAUUCAAAUGAGAAGUCUGAAGCAAGAAAUUCUGAUGCCACAUUAGAUUCAAAUGUCAAAUCAGUGUCUGCCGCCAGUGAGGAAUCAACCAAAUAAUUCAUACAAGCUAGCUGUUGGAUUGGCAUGAAAUAUCGCUAAUCGGAAAUGUAACCGAAGCUGCAUCAGCAUCAUAAAACGCAUGUACAAAUUGUGUAUCUGGUAGGUAAAUCGAUAGUACAGCCACAUGGUGGGAAGAUGGUGUUUGCUUUCCAUGCUUGUAACCGGUGACACUAGUGCCGAUUCUUGCAUAUGUUGCACAAGUUUUGCAAUGGGUUCGAUUUUUUUUCCAA